UGUAGUUUAUAUUAUGUUUCUUGUAAAUAAUUUUAAUCAACAGAAAUAAAUUUGAAUGAUAUUUUGAUAUAGAUUAUUUUUUCCAGAAUACAAGAAUAACUUCAAUAUGGAAUUAGUCAACAUAAGCAAACCUGUUCUGGAUCCUUAUCCAUUUGAAACUAAUAUAGAUAAAGAACUUCUAAAAACAUUCCUUCGAAAUUAUUGGCAUUAUUCAUUCUACAUUGCUGCAAUCUACCUUAUAACUAUCUACUUGCUUCGAGAAUACAUGAAAUCCAAACCCGCCUUCGAACUCAAACGUGCUUCCUUCGUGUGGAAUGGAAUCCUCGCACUAUUUAGCAUCGUCACGACUUUAAGAGGAUUUCCAGGAAUGGUUUUCGCAUUUCGCGAUUAUUCGUUUUAUAAUAUAGUCUGCAAUAAGUCGCUUUCAGUAGAAACACCGACGUUGACAUUUUGGGGUACAUUUUUUCUGUUUUCAAAAGUGUGGGAAUUGGGAGAUACUGUUCUGAUUGUACUGAGAAAACGGAAUCUGAUGUUUCUGCAUUGGUAUCACCAUGUGGUAACUUUAAUUGUAAUGUGGUAUGCAGCAUAUAAGGAAGCAUCUUUCGGAACUGUACUAAGUUAUACAAAUGUCUUUGUUCAUUCUUUUAUGUACACUUAUUUUACUUUAAAAUCAAUCGAUGUGAAGAUUCCUGUAAAAUAUGCCAUGUUCAUCACGGCCAUUCAAACUUUACAGAUGUUAUUCGGUGUUCUUCUUUCAUUCUGGAUAUAUUGGCUUCACUUAAAUAAUUAUGAAUGCCAAACUCCUAAAGAGUGUCUGGAAAUCCUUUUCGUGGUGUAUUUAUCAUAUCUGUUGUUAUUUAGUUACCUGUUUUAUAAUUCUUACAUCAAACCUCGUUCGAGUAAGAAACACGACUAAAAAUCAUACUUUUCUUAAAAAUAAUGUAUGUAUCUAAAAUGAGUAAUGGCAUAUGUCAAUCACUUCUUUAAAGAUAUUUAAAUGAAUUGACUAGUAUAAUUAUUAACAUUUAUAUUGUAACAUUAUAAACAUUACUUUAAAAUAUAAAUUUCAAAAAAUCAGUUUUGAUGGAUUUUCCAUGUCGGAGAAAUCCACCAGCAAUAAAAAAAAGAGUUUGAAUAUGAA